ACAAGCGAGUGAGUAAGAUGCCUCUCUUCUAGUCUGCACACUCCGGGUAAAGAGUGAAGGACAAUGAACUGAUCAAACACCAACCAUGGGACAGGCGCAGCAAACGGAGAACGCCGAAGAAAUCGACAUAAAAGCACUUCAGGAUAUGUACAAAAAGUUUGUGACGGAGUGCCCGAGUGGACGACUUUUCCUGCACGAGUUCAAGCGUUUCUUUGGCGUGGACCCGACAGGUGAAGCUUCGGAUUACGCGGAGAACAUGUUCCGAGCGUUUGACAAAAACGGGGACAACACGAUAGAUUUCCUUGAGUUUGUGGCGGCGCUGAACCUCGUCUUUCGGGGCGACACGGAGCACAAGCUGCGCUGGUCAUUCAAGGUGUACGACAAAGACAGCAACGGCUUUGUGGACAGAGAAGAGCUGCGGUCAAUAAUCGAUAGCAUUCAUCGUGCGACGAAAUGCAACAAGAACGACAGCAACGAGCCCCAUAUGACGGUCGACGAUGCUGUGAAUCGUAUAAUGCAGGCAGUCGAUACUGAUGGCGAUGGCUGCAUUAAUAUGGAAGAGUUCAUCAGAGGGGCAAAGCAGGACCCCUGGGUGCUCAACAUGCUGAAAGUGGACAUAAACCCUUCCCGGUGGAUUCUGGAUCAAAGGAGAAAGAGUGCACACUUCUGAAAAUGGUACACAUCACAGGCCUUUACCUCAAAACAACAAAAAAAACAUUUAGUGCUUAAAGUGCCCUGGCAUGUACCGUACUUGUACAGUUUGUUUGUUUUUUUGUAUUCAAACAGUCAUAUAAACAUGUCAUUUAUACACCAACUCACUGGAUUUGAUGUCAAAUAACCAACAAGUGCAGUAAACACACGGCCUUUAAGAAAGUACAAC